AGAAAAUAAAUACAAAUUCAAGAUGGCGUGUUUUGUUAUUGUGUGGUAACGUGACAGGUUUUUCGGAAAAUUUCCUUUUCUGUUACAGACUUAAGAAUAAUUUUGAAAUAUCAUUUAUUGAAACAUAUGUUUAGUUUUGCACGUUCAAGUUUCAAAUUUAUCUCAGUCGUUACCAUAUUAUUUUAGCUUUAGUAAUAGCUCACUAUGACUAAACAUACAGAAUCACGUGCACAUGUUGAGCAAAGCUGCAAUACGCUGAAAAAUAAAGUUAACUUAGCAAAUAUAGUCCGUAAGAAGAAAGAAGUUUCUUUAAACUGGAAGCUUUUCAAAAGCAAUCUAGACGAUCAGAAAAAGGAUAAAACAUCAAAACCACUUGCUCAAGAAAGACAAGCUCGUCCUAAACCAGUGAACGUUCCGCCAAGGUUCAGUGUUGUAAAGCCCUUUGGAAUAGUCAGCAAGCAAAGCGAGAGUCAGGUUGACAUCGCCGUUCCCAGUAAAUUUUCAGGCAGCCCCAGAAUUACACGUCAUGUAGCAAUGGAUUGUGAAAUGGUUGGAGUUGAUGACAAUGGGAAAGAGAGUAUACUAGCAAGAGUUUCUCUAGUGAAUAAAUUUGGUGAUUGUAUUUAUGACAAAUUUGUCAAACCCCGGGAAACUGUCACAGACUACCGAACCAAGUACAGCGGUGUGCGUCCUAGAGACCUCAAGGAUGCAGAAGAAUUUGAAGUAGUACAAAAAGAAGUAGCUGAAAUUCUGAAAGGACGCAUUCUUGUUGGACAUGCACUGUCUAACGAUUUUAAAGUUCUUUUCUUGAGCCAUCCUCGGAAGCGAAUACGUGACACAUCUAAGUUUCUACCAUUUCGAAAGCUAAAUAACAAUCGUACACCAAGUCUACGAAAACUUGCUUCCAUUGUUUUAGGUGUCACCAUACAACAAGGAGAACACAAUUCCAUCAUAGAUGCAAACACUUCUAUGCAGUUGUAUAUGUUGUACAGGAAAGAUUGGGAGAAAGAAUUACACAUGAAGAAAGUUACAAGAAUAUCAAAACAAGGGAAAAAAGGAUGAAAUCAGCUUAUUUUGUGGUUCAUUGAAUUGACAGGACAAGUAUGUGUCAAAUUAUGUGAUAAUUUACUGUUUUAGUUUAAGUCAAUAACCAUAAUAAUGAGAUAGUUGAUCUAUUGGCAUGUAAAGAUUAUGGGAAAUAAAGGGUUGCCUAUAAG